AUGUCCUGCAGUCGCCGCCUCACGGCCUUGGCCUCGAUCCGCCCGCGCUUCGCCGCCCGCACCUACACCUCCACCGUCCCUCGUCUUGCUUCCACCAGCAAUGUUCCCACCGAUACUAUGAGCGCCUGGGAUGGAUCCCUGUCCGAAGACCCCGUCGUUGCCGAGCGCAUUCGCACCAUGCAAGCCCCGAACCGUUCCAGCACCUGGGCCGCCAGCCAGCAACCGCGCGAGGAAGCCAUGGUCGGACCUCGUUUCGAGCAGACUAUCAUGCAGACUCAGCCCCAACCCAUGGCCGCCAUUGAGCUCAUUCACAAGCAACCCGUUCGCUGGACAAAGAAGCGCGUCGUAAGCUGUGACGGUGGCGGCGGUCCCCUUGGCCACCCCCAGAUCUUCAUCAACACCGACAAGCCCGAGAUUACGACCUGCGGCUACUGCGGUGUUCCUUUUGCCCACGAGCAUCACCGUGCUUACCUCAAGUCUCUCCCCGCCACCAGCUUCCCCCUCGAGCCCACCAACGACCCCGCCGAGGUUAACGAGAGCCAGCGCGUUACGGACGGAAGCCUGGAGCAGCGAUAG